GAGAAGCAUCCCGCAUGUACGUGCUUGAUGAGGCAGGGGACCCUGUCUACCCUCCUGAACCCAUAUGGUCCCCUAAGAACUCCCAAGGGAAGGUGAACCACCAAUUGGUAGGGGGUCUGUGAUGUUUGUGCUGAAGGUACAGUUGUCAAUCCUCUCAGAUGACCACAUUGUCUGUACAUAAGCUGCUGAGAGUAAGGUAGAGAGAGCCUCCGAAUGCCAGAGACAGUUGUGAAUAUUGAAAAAUUAUUUACAAGCAUCAGGUUAGAUCAUACCUAUAAGCAUCUUGGAACUGGAAGAAGGAAGUGCACAACUGCAGGGGCUUUCCAAUAAUAGCUUUGGAAUCGGUGUAUCUGAAAGGAUUCUUAGCUGGAUAUUAAGGGGCAAAGCAGUUGUUAUUCCAGGUUUCGGGUCAAAAGCCAGCAAUUUUUAACAGAUGUCACUUAGGUUCCACUGAGAGCAGAGAGUAAAGGGAGUAGGAUAGCAGAUUUGUGACUGAGGACAAAUGGGAAGACAACAGGACUAGACCACUGCAAUUCACUCAACAUGGAGCUCAACUUUAAAUCAUUCAGAGGCAAAAACCAGUGCAGAAUAUAGUGGCUAACUUAGUGAACAGUGCAUCUGGCUGAGAGGAUAUAGCACCAGUGCAGUGAAAUUGAGUGUGUCUGAAGCAGGUUAUGAACAACCAAACCUCCAUGCCCGAGUUCCUUCUCCUGGGAUUCUCUGACAUUUGGGAGCUGCAGAUUCUACACUUCACAGCGUUUCUAGUGGUCUACCUGGCAGCCUUGAUAGGGAACCUCCUUAUAAUCAUAGUCGUAGCCUUUGACCGACAACUUCACACCCCCAUGUACUUCUUCCUGGUCAACUUAUCCUUCCUAGACCUGUGCUACAUCUCUGUGACUGUCCCCAAAUCCAUGGCCAACUCUCUCAUGGACAGCAGAACAAUUUCUUUCUCAGGGUGUGUCGCCCAACUCUUCUUGGUUGUCACCUUUGCCAUUACGGAGCUAGCAUUACUCACAGUGAUGGCAUACGAUCGCUAUGUUGCAAUCUGCCAUCCCCUCCAUUAUAGGAUGUUAAUGAACAAGGGCAGGUGUGCCCAGAUGGCAGCUGGGGCCUGGCUCAGCAGCAUGAUGUGUGCCGUGAUACACACUGGUAACACAUUUAGGUUACGCUUCUGCCACUCCAACAUGGUUGGCCAGUUCUUCUGUAAUAUCCCACAGCUACUAAAGCUCUCCUGUGGAGAUACACGUGUUAAUGAUAUAGUAAUGCUUGUUCUUGGUUCUGUUUCAGCUGUUUCCUGUUUUGUAUUUAUAUUUGUGUCUUAUAUUCACAUCUUGUUCACGGUGAUGAGAAUCCCCUCCAAGCAGGGCAGGUACAAAGCCUUCUCCACCUGCCUGCCCCACUUGAUUGUUUUCUGUUUGUUUCUUGGCACUUCAACAUUAACGUACAUGGGUCCCAGAUCAAAGUCUUCAAAAGCUUCGGACCUGGUAGCGGCUAUUUUCUAUUCUGUUGUGCCACCAACUGUGAACCCAAUCAUCUACAGCCUGAGAAACAAUGAGAUAAGGGGUGCGCUCAGGAAAAUGUUAAUCGCUCACCAGCCUGGUCCAAUAUGCAUAAGAUGGAUUUAA